GACGCCGCGCCAGGGCCAGGGAAGCGAGCGGACGGAGACCUCGGAGCUGGCUCACUCUCUCGUGGGGACGAGGAGGUCGUCAGCACUCACACAGGGACUUAAGGCAGCUCCCUGUGUUUCUGACUCUGUCUCCCUGUUCAUCUGCCUGUGUCACGUGCUGUCCCUGCCCCCAACCCAAGAACCCCUGGACCAGUAGGCAGUGGCCCCCCCAGCAGGACCGGCCAUGCAGACGCUGAUUGCAGCACUGGUUCUGAUUGUGGCAGCCCAGGCAGAGGUGAAGGACAAGGUGCAGCAUGGCGGACCCUGUGAACAGCUAUCCCACCCUUACCAAGCUGCCCUGUACCACUCAGGCCACGUGCUCUGUGGAGGGGUCCUCAUUCACCCACUGUGGGUCCUCACAGCUGCCCACUGCAGAAAACCGAAUCUUCAGGUCUACCUGGGGAAGCACAACAUUUAUGAAACAGAGCACUUCCAGGAGCAGAGCUCUGUUGUCCGCACUGUGGUCCAUCCUGGCUACAAUGCUGCCACUCAUGACCAGGACAUCAUGCUGUUACGCCUGAAGCGCCCAGCCAAUCUCUCUGAACGCAUCCAGCCCCUGGCCCUGGAGAGAGACUGCUCAGCCAACCGCACCAGCUGCCACAUCCUAGGCUGGGGCAAGACAGAAUACGGUAAUUUCCCUAAUACCAUCCAGUGUGCAUACAUCCACCUGGUACCUCAAGAGGAGUGUGAGCGUGCCUACCCUGGCCAGAUCACCCGGAACAUGGUGUGUGCAGGGGAUGAGAAGUACGGGAAGGAUUCCUGCCAGGGUGAUUCCGGGGGCCCACUGGUGUGCGGAGACCGUCUCCGAGGCCUUGUGUCAUGGGGUAACGUCCCCUGCGGCUCCAAGGAGAAGCCGGGCGUCUACACCGAUGUCUGCAGAUAUUGCCAGUGGAUCCGGAAAGUCAUUCAAGGCAGCUAGCUCUGACGUGGGACAUCCAACUCUUGACUUUGAUUCCCACUCGUUGGCUCUAAAAUAUCUCUGACCAAGACCAUGCCUUCCCUUCACCUUCCCAGGCCCGACCCUUCGUGCUUAAUUCUGCCUGAUUCGACCCCAGCUCCAUCCCUGCAUCCCUGGGGGUAAGAAGAGACACAGGCUGAGGUCUUUCCCCCGACACUAACAGAAUACAGGAGAAUCCCUUCUCUCCCUGAUUAGCCCAUGGGCUUGGUGUCUCCCUCCAGAGGAGUGGUCACAAGUCUAGAAAAACCUGCGUUGAAAUAAACGCAGCUCUGCCCCUUGCUAUUCAUGCACCCUUGGAAAGUGCCCUCCUUCACUGCGCAGAAUCUCAUCUGCCAAAUGGGGAUCAUGACAGUGAAUUCCUCAUAAGUCUGUGGCUGCCGUUGGGAGGAUUCAAGGUCUCCAACACACUGAAACAUGUGCACUGGUGUCUGGCACACCUGCCUGC